GACCUGGAGAUGUUUACAUCUGUGACGGUCACCUUUGAGUUCGACUAUGCGGGCAACGUGGAGGGGUCCGUCAGUAUGGUCACCUACAAGGAUGUCAUUUUGACAUCUGCUGAAAAUUUUGUUGGUUGCUUGCUCACAACCUGCAUUGGGGCCGGUAUCAGCGCCACUUUGUUGACGGUGCACCUCUUGCGCCACCGCGAGCAAUGCAACUGGGGCUUGACGUGCUAUGAGAUCUUUUCGCGCAUCCUGCUCGUGGUUUAUCCCACAAUCCUCUUGAUCUCAUGGAGCCAGCAAAUGCUGAUGUCUCAUGAGUUCGACCUUCUACUCCAAACCUUCAUUGGCUCUGAUGGUGUGGAUGAUGAGCACAUGAAGCACAACAUGCAGGAGUACUUCAAGGUGAAGACGGUGAUCUAUGAUGAGGUAGGCUGGUUGGAGAGGCAUCGUGUGGCAUCGUAUGUCCUGAUGUAUUUCCAGUUUCUGCAAAUGGUCUUGUACUUCAAUGCUCACCCUCGUGUGGCCAUGCUGACGAAGACCGUGAAGGGCGCCUUGCUGAACAUGCUCCACUUCUUCUUGGUCUUUACCAUUCUCUUCUUGAUGUUGGCCUUCAUGGCGCACUUCCUCCUCGGGGGCCAGAUCCAACUCUUUGGCACCUUUGGAGGGUCCUGCGAGACGCAGGUCCGCAUGCUUUUCGGCGAGUUCAUUUUCGUGGAUGGAGCAGAGAAUUUGUCAGGUUUGUCACUGGCCAUGUAUUGGCUCUACGCUGCCUCCUUCAUGCUUAUCGUCUUCUUCACUCUUUUGAACUUCUUCUUGGCCAUUGUGGUGGACGCGUUCGUAGCAGUGAAGGACGAGUACGACAAGCUGUUCUGCACCUACAACUUCUGCUAUGACCUUGGUACCAUCCCUAGAUGCGUGUACACUCAUUUCAAGCUCAAGUUGCCUGGGCGAAAGCCCUUCAUCAAAUAUCUUGAGGAGAGCGUUCAGCACUUGAAGGAGGUGAAGAAGCAGGAGGAGCAGGCGAAGCGGAAGGUAGGACACAAGGGUGUCCGAAAGCCAGCACCCGCGCCUGCAGCGGACCCCUCGCUGCCGCUACUGCUUCCGGCCAAGAGGAUCUUGGAGGAGUUUCCAGGCUUCACGGAGCAAAGCCUUUGCCAUCUCCUCUGCCGGGUGGAGAAACUGAGCGCGACUCCUGUCAUCUUCUUCGUAGAGGAGAAGCUGGACAACAACAAUGAGCCUCAGGAGGUGGAUGACAUCCCAGAGGAGCCAUCGCACAU